GCCAGGUCAGAGGUCAUGGAGAAGAUGAAGUUGGCUGGCUGGCCGGCCGCUGGUGCCUCGCUGUCUGUUGCUGGUGUGAGAGCAAAGAGGGAUUCCUACCACGUGAUUUGCUAACAACAAAAGAAAAAGCGGCAACGUGAAGAAUUACCGAUCGCAGUGUCAGGAAUGCCACUGAUCCGCGGAGGGACAUAUUUGCUCCUCCUUAUCAUCGCCGUGAUUCACAGUGGACAAUGUUUGCCUCAUGGGCCAGUUAUCGAAAACAGCAUCAUUGCAACUGAGGUGCUGAAACGGUUGCACGAGAAAAUGCAGCUCAAAGACGAUCUGGACGCGAUUGAGCAAGAGUUUGAAACAGUGGCCAACUUGUGUUUGCAGCAGUUAGCGAAAAUGCUUGACAAUUAUAAGCAGCGGCAGAAAGAGCGGCCGUUGGAGCGGCCACACACAUACCAAGACCCCCUUUACGAGCAAGUGCAAGGGCAGCUGGAGGAACAGCUCCAACCUUACGAAGUGGACCAGUGGACCGACGAGGACAAGUUAAACGCCAUCAUGGACCUGCAGCCCGAGGACGACAAAAGAGGUGGCUACAUGUCAUUGUGCCAUUUCAAGAUUUGCAAUAUGGGCCGGAAGCGCUCUGUUGGCUCUGCAAUGCCUCUUUCUCAGAUCCCAUGAGAAUUACCUCAGCCCGUGUUUCCCAUCAGCAGCUAUAACUUGUACAAAAAUUUCAAGCGACAAUCAAUAAAUCGGUCGCCAACCAAGCAAAAUCAACACUAGGUAAAAACAUGCUGCGGUAGGAAUUCGGAUAAAACACACGGGCCUGAAAGACACAAAAGCAAACAUCUCUGACCAAAAUUGAGCUCUCGAGGACAACAAUCAUCGCAGUCAUCUUCAGCGCAUAAUAUUAUAGUUUAUAUUCAAUAAUUUCUUCAUCUUUUGAACUGUAAUAAUAAUAAUAAUAAUUCGGUUUUAAAAAUCAAAUCGAGGCUGGCAUUUAUAUGUUGUGUUGCAUGAUUAUUAAUACGUCAAUCUUACAAUUAUGUAGCUUUAAAUUUGUUUUUCAAACGAAUUUAUUUCAAACGACGAAUGUGUUGAAAAUAAACUGAAUCGAAAAAUGUUCCAUUUUUUAAUAAAAAAAAA